CAUAUAAAGCGAAGGGAAGUUCAGAGCGCAGUGAAUAUGCCGCCUGAUCAGGUGCGUUUGGGUCGGAAGCGUCCUGUGCCGUCCUGCCCGAAUCCUCUAUUCCUGCAGUGGUUAACAGAGUUGCGUGACCACGCCAAGGAAAAGGGUUUAAAAACACAAUACGUAUACCAGAAGGCAAUAAACUCGUUGAAAAAAUAUCCACUCCCACUGAAAAACGGGAAAGAGGCGAAGAUCCUGCAGAAUUUUGGUGACGGGAUCUGCAAGAUUUUGGACGAGCGACUUCAGAAGCAUUGCCUUGAAAACGGUUCUAAUGCCCCGAUCCACCUGGCUACUUUGUGCAAUAAACGAAACAUGGCAGAAACUUGCAAGGAUACUCCAUGUGUUAGUAAUGCACACAAGAAACAACCACAAAAAGAAGUGAUAAAGAAAAACACAAUCAAGAAAAAGAGAGAGUACGUGCCCCAGAGGAGGUCUGGGGGUUAUGCUGCAUUGCUCACACUCUAUAGACAUGCGCAGAUGCCUGGCAGUAAAGGCUUCAUGUUUAGAAAUGAAUUACAGGCUGAAGCACAGCCUCUGUGUGAUAAGUCUUUUACAGUGCCUGAUCUUGGUAGCAAGUACACUGCUUGGUCUUCGGUAAGCACACUUAUUCAGAAAGAUCUUCUGGUGAAGACUCACAGUCCUGCCAGGUAUUCGUUGACUGAACAUGGUCUAGCUCUAGCUGAGAAGCUGGAUUCAGAAGAGAGAGUAAUUCAUAAAGGUCCAGUGGAGGACAAGAGUGAGGAGGAGAGUUCUGGAGAUGGGACGGAUGUUGUGGAUUUGACUUUAGAGGAGGAAGAGGAUGACAAGGGCGUAAAAGAGAGCUGCUCCAGUAAGUCUACAGAAAGGUUUAUUACAGCUCUUUCAAUGAACCAUGCCAAGAAUCUCACUUCUGAUUCAGAUGCCUCAGGAAGAUACCAGACAUUAGAGAUGGGGAGAAGAGCAAUGAAUUGGCAUCUUCUUCCUGGUUCUUAUGAAAUUGUUUUAUGUGUUGACUUCAUCGAGACAACCGGGGGAAGCAGUGCUCGCAAACAAGAGUUGGUCAAGGAGCUGCAAAGGAACGGUGUGACCUUUGACAUCAGGAAACUAAACGUAGGAGACUUUCUUUGGGUGGCACGUGAGAAAGUGACUCCUGUGCCUGGUCAGUUGCGUCCACCGGUGGGAAAAGAGCUAGUCCUUGAUCACAUCAUUGAGAGGAAGAGGAUGGAUGAUCUGUGUGGAAGCAUCAUAGAUGGACGGUUCAGAGAGCAAAAGUUCAGACUGAAAAGGUGUGGUCUGCGUAAGCCCAUUUAUCUAGUAGAGGAGUGUGGAUCGGCAGCAGCUCAUCUCAGUUUACCAGAGAGCACAUUACAACAAGCUAUAGUCAAUACUCAGGUGGUUGAUGGCUUCUUUGUGAAGCGUGUACAGGAUGUAAAGGAGUCUACUGCUUACCUCACCAUCAUGACCAGAUACCUCCAGAAACUUUACCAGAAUUGCACGUUGUUCUGUCGCUCCAGAGAGCUGGAGGGGUAUGGAGAAUAUGAAAUGGCACAAACUGAGAACCACUCCUGUUCUCUCAUGUCCUUCACAGAAUUUAACCACGGAGCUAUUAAAAACAAGUGUCAGACAGUGAGGGAAGUUUUCGCAAGACAGCUCAUGCAGAUCAGUGGAGUCUCUGGUGAUAAGGCGGCCGCUAUACUUGAGCUCUAUGGCACAGUCAUCAGUUUAUUGAAAGCAUAUGAUCAGUGUUCCAGUGAAACUGAAAAAGAGAAGCUACUGUCAUCCAUCAAAUAUGGAAAACUUAAAAGAAAUCUUGGACCAGCUUUAAGCCGUACUAUAUAUCAGCUUUAUUGUUCACAUGGACCUCUAUCAUGAAAUGAUUCCUAAAUAAAGAGACGGAUACUGCAUGUGCAUGUAAAUCUAAUCAUUUUGUUUUUGUUAUGACUGUACAUUUGUUUUCUCUGAAAUAAUGUUUAAAGGUGCUAAUAAAGAUGUAAAGUUGACGUUAAAAAUAUA